CGCCUGUGCUGUGUCGUGUGGUGCGCGCGCCAUGAGCCACGGCGACGACAAACCGCGGCCCGAGUCGGGGUCGCCGCGCAGGGUGCGCCUGGACCUCGCCUUCCACGACCUCUCCUACUGCGUCAAGGUCGGCCUGCGCAGGGAGAGCCGUGCGCUGCUCAAGGAAGUGAGCGGUCUGUGCCGGAGCGGGCAGCUGACUGCCAUCAUGGGCCCAUCCGGCGCGGGCAAGACCACCCUCAUGAACGUGCUCGCCGGCUACACGAGGAGGGGUGUAACUGGUGACUUACUUGUAAAUGGCCUGCAACGAGACCCACGUGAAUUCCAAAGUAUGUCCUGUUACAUCAUGCAAGACGACAAAUUGCAGCCACACUUGUCAGUAAGUGAGGCCAUGACCUUUGCUGCUAAUCUGAAAAUUCCUGAUCAUCAUCGUAAACAUGAUAAGAUUCAAAAAACGCUGCAGUCACUGGGACUUGAAGAAUCACGCAAGACGAGAAUAGGCAAGCUAUCAGGUGGACAACGAAAAAGAUUGGCCAUAGCACUGGAACUCAUCAACAAUCCUCCUGUAAUGUUCUUUGAUGAGCCAACUAGUGGGCUCGACAGUUCUGCUACUAAACAGUGUGUCAUGCAACUAAAACUUUUGGCAGAAGAAGGAAGAACUAUUGUAUGCACCAUUCACCAACCAAGUGCAUUAAUAUUUGAAAUGUUUGACCAUUUGUGCAUCAUUGCAUCUGGCUGUUGUGUGUAUCAGGGCUGCACCAGUGAGAUGCUGACAUUUCUCAGCAAUCAAGGACUUAACUGCCCUCCAUACCACAAUCCUGCAGACUAUGUUUUAGAAGUCUGUACUGGAGAUUAUGGUGAAGGACAUGUUGAAAAACUUGUGCAAGCAAUAGAAAAUGGAAAAUGUGAACGAUGGCACAGAAGAAUUGGCAGCUGUUCGUCAAAAUAUGCAGAGUCAAUUGCAAAUGGUUCUAUAACUUCAGAAUACUUUCAUGGGACACCAGAAAUAGGUCCAUUGGUGGACACAACUAAGAAACCCAGACCUAAACUGUAUGCUGCAUCUUUCCCUGCACAAUUUCUCCAUCUCAUAAGAAGAACAUUCCUCAUUCACUUUCGUGACAGUAGUCUUACACGGAUGAGGCUGAUGUUGCACAUUGUAAUUGGUUUUCUCAUUGGAACUUUGUUCUUUGGAAUUGGAAAUGAUGCUGGACAUACACUAAAUAAUUUCAGCUUUUUGUAUUUCUGCCUUAUGUUCAUCCAGUUUACAGCUUUCUCGACCAUGAGUUUAACAUUUCCUUUGGAGCUACCUGUUGUUGCCAGAGAACAUUUCAAUCGUUGGUACUCUUUAGGAUCAUACUAUGCAGCUGUCACUUUAGCAGACAUUCCAACACAGAUCAUGUGCACAUUUGCAUAUGUCAUAGUGGCCUACUUCAUGACUUCACAGCCCUAUGAGUUUCACAGAUUCACUUUAUUCCUCAUAAUGUGCAUUCUUGUUGGUCUAGUAUCCCAAAGUAUUGGCCUCAUAUUUGGAAUUUCUAUGACAGUUCAGAAUAGCAUGGUAUUUGGCCCUCUUGCAAUCUGCCCAUCUCUCAUUUUCUCAGGAUUUUUUGUGUACAUGAAGGAUGCCCCAUCAUAUUUUGAUUGGCUCUUCCAUAUGAGUUACAUGAAGUACAGUCUAGAGGGACUUAUGCUUGCUAUGUACGGCUAUGAUCGUCCUCGUCUGAAGUGCUACAGUGACUAUUGUCAUUAUUCACAACCAAAGAGGUUCCUCCAAGAAGUGGACAUGGAUGGUGGGAGCUACUGGGUGGAUGCAGUAUUCCUCAUAUCACUAUUCUUCUUUCUCCGACUGAUUGGAUAUUGUGCAUUGUUGCUUGAAGUUUACUGCCGUAGGACGUUUUCCAGGUAGCACUUGCAGUGCCUCUGAAUGGCAGAGGAAUGUCUAAAAUGAAGUUAUAUAUACAAUUGAAAAUCGAAGAGCUCACUGUGAAUGUUUCAGACAUGAAGUGAAAACUCUUAACAAAAUGUGUGACAGUGUUUACAGUGUCAUUUAUUUAAAUAUUCUGUGAUGUUCAAUGUGUCUUAAAUGUAUAUACAUGUAUUUUUAUGCUGAUUUUGUCACAAUACUGCAGAAGCCACAGACACUUUUAAAACGGUGCAACUAUGGCUUCUGUUGUGCCAUAUUAUUUAAUAGAUGACCUUAUGCAAUCCAAAACUGAGAGCCAUGCAGCAAACUUUUGUAUAUGCUUACAGAUCAAUACAUUAGAAAACAUGUAACAACUUGCCAUACUGUCAACAUAAAUUACAGAUUGUAAAUGUCAGCUAUGUGAAUAACAAAGAAAAGGAUGAUAGUUGUGUUCAGAUAAUUUAUUAAUGUGUGAAUGUAAUGAACAGUAUAAAAUUUGAUGCAUGUGAUUUCUACCUAUUGUAUCAGAAACAACUAAUGAGAAUUCAUAUUAUCAACAUAGUACAAAGAAACCAUUUUAAAGCAUAAAACGUUUUUGUAAUAUAGAUGAUAUUACUAUGAAUGAUUGCUGCUGCUACAAAUGUAAAUAUCUGCCUAGAAUCGUACUACAUGGUUAUUGACAUAUGCACUACAAAAAAGAAUGUAUACUUUAAAAUUAUGGUGGAUAUGAUAAUUGUACUGAACUACACAUUCCUGUGCACAUAAAUUUGUUUGUUAGAAUCAAUUGGUGCCUUUGUUCAUAUUUGGAGGUGAAUGAACAAAUGCCAUGUGACCAAGUAUUGCUAUUAGUACAACAAUAGCUUUUGUAUUUUUGUACACUGCUGCUUAACUGAAGAUUCUUUUUUGAACUGGGAAAAUAUCUAUCUUAGCAAAAUACCUGGUAACUGAUUAGAAUCUAUUUUUAGAUAUUUCUGUUGUAUUUUUUCUCAAAAUUACAGUAUACUUUUGCCAUGAAAUCAGCAAAAAUAAUAUUUGUAGGAAACAGAACCAAAGAACUGUAGUUAAUGGAAUUACAUAAGUAUGAAUUCUGUUGAAGACAUUUGAUAUAACUGUUUGCAUUGAAACUAUCAAUCAGGGA